AUGAGUAAUGACAGUAUCAACAAAAACAGUAUUUGGAAAUGGGUAAUAAAAGAUAACAAAGAUAGUAAUGAAGUCAUUCAAAUGAUUGAUGAAAUGAUUCAGAAGAAUGUAUUUGGUACAAGAGAAACAAAUGUAUGGAUUAAAAUACCAAUUGAUCAAGGAACAAUCAAAGAAAUUGGUAAUAGAACAUAUCUUAUUGUUAAUAAGGUAAUGUUUAAUAAUUUUAGUGAUGAAGAAAAAAAGUUGGUAUUAUUAAAUAACCAAAUACAAGAACAGAAACAAGUCAUUACAACAUUGGUCAAUGAAUUGGUUAACAUGAUCAAAGAAGAAAACCAAAGAAAAAUUGUUCAAGUUUUAAAUCUUGAUAUAAAAGAUGAGUUAAAUCCUCAGUCCUCUCAUUUACCUGAAGUAAAAGAAGAUUACUAA